CCUUGUCAUCUGCCCCGCCGAGGCUCGACCCGUGAGUGGGGCCGCCCGGAGCGCACCGGACCGAGAGCCCCACCCCAGCCGGCUGGAGGAGGGAAGAGACACUGAGAUUGGGCGGAAUCCGAGCCCCACCACUACCAGCCGCGCUCGAAGGAGCCUCCACCAUGGGCAACGCGCAGGAGAGGCCGUCAGAGACGAUCGACCGCGAGCGGAAACGCCUGGUAGAGACGCUCCAGGCCGACUCGGGGCUGCUGCUGGAUGCGCUGCUGGCGCGGGGCGUGCUCACCGGGCCCGAGUACGAGGCGUUGGACGCGCUGCCUGAUGCCGAGCGCAGGGUGCGCCGCCUGCUGCUCGUCGUGCAGAGCAAGGGCGAGGCAGCCUGCCAGGAGCUGCUGCUCUGCGCCCAGCGUACCACGCGCGCGCCGGACCCCACCUGGGACUGGCAGCACGUGGGCACUGGCUACCGGGAGCGCAGCUAUGACCCUCCUUGCCCAGGCCACUGGACGCCUGAGGCAGCCGGCUCGGGAACCUUAUGUCCCGGACUGCCCAGAGCUUCAGAACGCGACGAAACUGGGGGUCCUGAGGGCUCCGAGGCAGUGCAAUGCGGCGCUCUCGAGGAGCCCGAGCCAGAGCUGGAAGCUGAGCCCUCUGAAGAAGCUGAGCCAGAGUUGGAACUCCAAAUGGAUCCGGAACCAGAGCCCGAGCCCGAGCCCGAACUGGAGCCAGAGCCGGACUUCGAGGAGGGGGACGAGUCUGAAGAUUCCUGAAGACCAGAACGCUGACAGGCCGCUCCCCGCUCAAGCUGGAUGGGACUCGGGAUACUGCUCUGGCGGGGUCCGGCGCCAAGGUUCCAUCUGGCCCAGUACCACUGGAAGUGAAUAAAUUCCAGAGGCUCCGCCUGG